CUACUUGUGUGGAGCCAUGGAGCCUAUUGGUGAUGACCAAGUUGAGCAAUCUUCAAGCAGGAAGGAGAACAAUGUGGAGGAAGCAAAUCAUCUCUUGGAAGAGUGUUGGUUUUUUGACAACUUGCUCAACAGGAAGCAGAAGAUGUUGAGGUGUUAUUCUGAUCCUCAAUGCAAUUCAUCAAACUUUGGUCAAGAAAUGUCAGUGAAGAGUUCACAUGACCAAAAGUCCUUGUUGACAACAAGUAAGGCCACACAAGGCAAUGGCUUUGCUGGUCCUAAUUUGGUUAGAACACCAUCUUUGCCUCUUCAUAUAGGGAGGAGGCAAGAGGAAGAAGUUCAAGUAAAGCAAAGUGGUAGUAAUAAGAGUUCGAGCAAAUUGACAAGGCAAACAUCACAUCAGAAAAUGCUGCAGACACCAACCAAAUCACCAGCUUGUAUAGGCAGGACAGAAGGAGUUCAAGAUAAGGAAAGCGAUAACAGAAGAAGCAAAAUGAAUGGGCAGCCAGUGCGCCAGAAUUUGCUCAGGACACCCUCCUUGCCACCAUGUAUAGGAAGGGAAGAGAGCAACCAAGAAAGUCUUCCUCAGAGACAUAAGGGGCUCAUGACACAAACUUCUAGCAUUCCAAGAUAUAGACCACCAAAAAACACAGAAGGGGAAAGCAAUGCUAGUACAGAUGGGUGCAAGGAAAUGAGACGCAGAAGCCUUAACCAGUUAACCACGAGAAAGAGCCUAAGUGAUCUUGAGAUUGAAGAGCUGCAAGGGUUCAAGGACCUGGGAUUCACAUUUGACAAGAAAGAACUGAGCCCCAGUGUGGUUAACAUACUUCCUGGUUUGCAAGAAAAGAAGAGAACAGAGGAUUUGAACCCAGAAAAGGUUAGGAGGCCUUAUCUUUCUGAAGCAUGGCUGGUGCAAAGCUGUGCUCCUCCACCUCCAAACUUGGGUGCAAGUAGGUCUGCUGAAGACAUGAAGGCACAGAUCAAGUUCUGGGCUAGAGCUGUGGCUUCUAAUGUGCGCUAGGAUUAAUGUGUGUGCCUAAAGAAAAUAACAUAUAACAUCAUGGGAAUUUUUGUGAUUUGUAACUUGAAUAACAUACCAAUUGUGUAGUCUGAUUAUAUUGAAACUGUAACAUCCAAUCCAUUCAAAAACCAACUUAAUCCAAUCAUAUUUUUUGUUAGAAGAUUUUAA